AUGGUGCUCCUCGACAAGGGGCCUCGGUUCAAUCCUGCACAUCACAGUGGCGCAACUUUCGGUACCUUCAUCCGCCCACGAAUCUGUGGUACUUUGAUGGACGCAAAAAGCAGGGAACUCACUCACAGCAACCGUGAACUGCCCAAUCUCUAUGCAGCGUGGGAUUCGUGCAAGGAGCCAGAUGCCGAAGUCAAUUCGGAUGUCGGAGGGUUGUUGGAAGUUCCAGACCCCUCCGCUGCAUUUGAGGAUGAACUCAUCCGGGACAUCUCCUUUGAGUGUGCCUUGCCGGAACUCCUGAAAAUGUUGACCCCCCGGGAACGCGACGUUUUCGCCCGUAUUCGUGAGCAUCAUCUAAAUUGGGAGAUUGCCGAGGCGUUGGAAAUCUCUGAAGCGCGCGUCAGCCAACUAAUAACACAGAUGACACAGAAACUGAAAAGCACAGGGCAAAGGCUCGGGUUGGCAGAAUAA